UAGAGAAUCAGACUUGGACCUGAAGAGGAGGCUGUGGGACGCUGCUCUGAGUCCCUGCUGUUGUUGCUGCCUGUCGGUACAUUGUUCUGCACCAGGAGCUGGUGGACACACACACACACAAAAGCUGCUGCCACUUCGGCAGCGCGAGCUGCACUGCACCAUCAUGAAGUCUUUAAUUUUAACCGCUUUCGUCUUUUGUAUUAUUCUUGUGGUGCAGGAAAAAGUACAUGGAGAACGAAAUAUAAUAAACAGUGAAGAUAGGACUGUUGUUGACCUACGCAAGAGGGACAGAGAUGUUGACACCGACAGCCUUGGUGAGAAAGGUGACAGCAAUAGCAGAUUAAUGAGCGUUGGAAAAGUCCACCCGAGCAUCAGUGGUGUUAAUGGUGGUCACGACAAAGAUGUAAAAGGAGGAAGAAGACGUCAGCAAGAUAAGAAAGACGCAAAGCGUCGUCGUAACGACAAAAAUUCUGGUCAGGGAGAAGCAGCUGGCAAGCGACGUGUUGACAAUAAAGAGGAAAGGCCUCGGAGCCGGAAAUAAAAGAGGGAUAAAAGAUCCUCUUGCUAAGAACAGCGUGAAACAUAAGGGUAGAAUGAAUGACCACUCCAAGAAAAGCCAUGAGGAUAAACGUGGUGUCAGGAAGGGAGGCAAGAAGGGAGGAAAAGGCCAAGUCGGUAAGAAUGGGGAAAAACGCCGUGUCAAGAAGGGAGAAAAAGGCCAAGUCGGUAAGAAUGGGAAAAAACGCCGUGUCAAGAAGGGAGGAAAA